AUGGCGCGGCUGCCGUCCGUCCCGGGCGGGGCCUGGGCUGCGGUGCUAGGCGGUGGCGGUGGCGGGGUGGCGGCUGGGGGCGGUUCUUCCGCGCGGGGCGGCCCGACCUCGCCGAGGGCGGUGGCACCCUCUGCGACCGCUGCUCGGGACCCCGGGCGCCGCCAUCUUGGCCAGGACGGAAGCCGCGCGGGGCCCUGCGGCGCGCGCGUGCGGGUGCGCGUGCGCGCGCGGCCGGCGGAACCCGGAAGUGAGUGCGCCGCGCACUCGCACGCGCGCAACCUGCACCCCGGUGGGCGCCGGGCGGCCGCGCGGAGCGGGACCAUCGCGAUGGCGCAGGGGCAGGGGCCGGGGCGGGAGCAGGGGCCCUCCUCGCCGCCCUCCCCGCCUCCCCCGCCCCAGCUGCUGGACGCGGUGCUCCAGAACCUCUACGACUUCGGAGAGACAGAAGAUGGAGCAGAACGGAAGCGGACCAGAAAGAAAAAGGAAAACAAGAAGAGAGAGGCGGGGGCCCCAGUGGCAUUGGGAGCCGAGCCCGCUCCCCCGCCUGGUUCUCUCGUAAGAGGCCCGAGGAAAAGGGCUGCGACCUUCUUCUCGGAGCUCCGAGCAGAGCUGCAGGGUGCCCCCUCCGUGACCUCCCCAGAGGCCCCCUCGGGGCCGCCAGCCCCUCCGGCUGCAGCCUCGCCCUGUCCCCGGAGCAAGAGGGAGCCCGUGGAAGUGGUGGAAUUUCACAGCAGGAAUAAGAAGAGGAAACAGACGCCGGACCAAGAUGAGAACACCAAGACCAAAACUAACAUUGUUGAGAAAGAUGUGACUCUACAAGAAUUCAACUUGGAAAGGGCCCGGCUGGAGGUGCACCGGUUCGGGAUCACGGGUUACGGCAAAGGGAAGGCGAGGCUCCUGGAGCGGGAGCGCGCCAUCAUGCUGGGCGCGCAGCCGCCCAAAAAGAGCUACGUGAACUACAAGGUUUUGCAGGAGCAGAUCAGAGAGAAGAAGGCAGCCAAGGAAGAGGAAAGGAGGAUGGAAGUCCAGGAAGAAGAAGGCGGCGCCCAGCAUUCUGUCCAAUGGGCGGGUCGGCCAGGUGGGAAAAUUCAGAAACGGGACGUUGAUUCUGAGCCACGUGGACAUCAGGAAGAUCAACUCCUCCCGAACGGCCAAGUGAGCUGCCGUCCGCGCGAGGGGAGGGGACGCCGUGCGCUGAGCCCGGGCCGCGGGCUCCAGACGGUUCUGCACUUCCUGGUUCAUGACGGUUCCCCGAGGAAAACAUCCAGCAGGACCAGUGAGGCUGCUGGGCUACGGUGUCCGAGGGGCAGCGCCGUGGGAAUGCGAAGAAAACCUGGGAGAGAGCUUCACAUUCCCAGCCCGUCACCCGAGUCCCAGUCACGGGUGCUUCAUGCAUUUGCUCCGAAUAAGAUUUUCCAGAACGGACUGGUUUAUAAGGGCUAACGAUGAGCUUUAAGUCGCCGUUUGACUUUCUAAAACAACGAUUCGAUGUCACUCAUCGUGAAAGAGCUACGAAUGUGAUCGUCUGUCAUGUUACUCUGUGGGGAAAAGCAACUUCCAUGUUCAGUGUCAAGUAUAUGAAGUCUACUUCAUAGGAAGCGACAUAAAUAAAAUUCACCCUUUGGGGGGGUGUGGCCGUGACUAUGAAAUAGCAGGUGCAUUCGACUCGUGUCCUAGAACCCACGUGUAAGGGGCUGCCAGUUCCUUAAAGCAAAACCCGGGCAGCUGGACAUGUUCCUUAGUGCGCUCGCCCUUGCUGAGAGCAUUUCUGGAGCUUCUCAGAGCUUGUGGCACAUCUAAGCUAAGU